AUGCUCGGCAGCCCCUUCUCCGGCAGGCAGCCCGCACCGCAGCCCGGCCCUCUUCCGCCAUCCCUCCCUCAGACCUCACAUCCAGCGCCGAACCCUCCUCUCAAGCGCUCCUUCCGCCAAACCGGCACCCGCGCCGUCGAGAACCUCAACCUUCGCAACAUCGCCCAGUCCUCAGCCGAUUACCACCGCAACAAGCAAAUCUUCCUCUCCUGCGGUAUCGUCGCCGGCAUCGUCUCCUUCAUCUACGUCUCCUACCGCAUUGUCCUCGAGAUCAAGAAAAACCCAAUACAAGCCGACGCCGACCCAUCCAACCCCCUCUCCGACCCCAACGCCCCCAACAGGAAAAUAAUCGUCCACGAUGAAAACGGGAAUGAAAUCGUGCCCACAGGCCACAGCGUCGUCCCUAGCUUUCCGCGGACAAUCUCUUUGCCUUCUUUUACCGGACCGUUAGACGCUACUGAGCCUGUUCAACCUGGGACAAUCACCACCGCUGCUGCCCCAGAGACGGAGUAUACCCUUGUUGGUCUGGGAACCAGAACAGUCACCUUCAUCGGGAUUUCCGUCUACGUGGUAGGCUUUUACAUCGCAACCGCAGACAUUGCAGCUUUGCAAUCCGCCCUUGUCAAAAAGGUCAACCCUAUUGCUACCACCCUCGUCCCUGGAGAGCGGGAUCAGUUGAGGAAUGAACUCCUCGACCCAGCCGAAGGCGCCAAGUUAUGGGAUGAGCUCUUGUCUCACAACAUUCCCGCCCGUACCGCCUUCCGCGUCAUCCCCGUUCGCGACACUGACUUCCACCACUUGCGGGAUGGGUUCGUCAACGCCAUCAAGACUCGCGGACCAGAAUUAUCCGGGAAGGGGGUGGAUGAUGAGGCGUUUGGGGAGGCGAUGAAGCAGUUUAGGGCUGUGUUCAACAGGGGCAAGGUACCAAAGGCCAAGGAGUUGAUUCUGGCCAGAGAUGACAAGGGUCAUCUCAGUAUUGCCUUUGAUGGGGGCAAGAAGUCUGGUGGCAGGCAGUUGAUUGGGGUUGUGCCGGAUGAGAGGGUUUCGAGGGCGUUGUGGUUGAACUAUCUGGCCGGUAAGCAGGUUGCUAGUGAGCCGGCGAGGAAGAGUAUUGUUGAGGGCAUCAUGGAGUUUGUAGAAAGGCCGGUGGGGACAGUUGCUAGUAUGGUCGUGCCGCUCGCUAGGUGA